UAUAAUACUAUUAAUAUGUCGCUGAAUAAUAUAAAUACAAACAACUUCUACGAAGAACCGAUUACGUUGUGGAAGACAAAGCAGCGCGUUCACUAUAGAGAUGACGUUGUGGUUCGUCCCAAAAACAGCCAAGUAUUUACGGACAGUUGCGAAUAUAUUACGACAAGGCAACCAAAAAAAUCGAUAUCCUCUUCACGUCUAACUCCUGCAACGCCUCCGCCUUCGCCUUCUCCGACUACGCCCGCGGAAUAUCAGCAACGUAAUCACAACGACAGCAAGUCGAUUAGUGCUACAUCGAAUUCAGUAAUACGAUACGCUCGUACUGCCUGCGAUCAUUGCGGCCAUCACAAUAUACCGAUAAUGUCACAUCCCAUAUCGCCGCUGGCUAAAUCGCAGACCAAUUUGGAGUUGGUAGAGCACGGUACGGUCGGUACGGCUCGUCAGGCCCUUUUGCCAUUACCGGCAGUUGGUAUACAUCGCAACGACUCGGCCUGUACACUUCAGGUGUCCCGUCGUCCAUCGAUUCUUCUCCAGGAGAUACUAACCCAGCGACCACCAGGCUUAGGACGCAAGGAUCCCAGUAAUUUCUUGCAUCAACGAAACUCCAACUCUACAAAAGCAGGAAAUCUCCACGGAACGGGAACGGUUACCGGCAGUACGGCGACUAUAAACUUCCAAAGCGGCUCCGGUAGUGCGCGAAACGGUUCCGCUGCUUACUACAGCGACAGCGGUGCGAAAAGCUUUCAAGCCAAACAACAAAAGGAAAAGAACCGACGAACGGGCAACGAUGCCAUUAGUUCUGCCUUAUCUGCGACUUAUUGCAAACUUUUGGUGCUGCUGGGUGUAUGCCUGCCCAUCACGGAAGUCAUAUCCGAUAAAAUCCCCACCUACGUUUAUCAGGGCUUCUAUGUGUACCUAUAUGCUGGUAGCAUAAUUUUUGUGAUAUUUCUAUAUAUAAGCGCAUUUCGUAACCGCUCGCUCUUCAAUGCACUUAAAGAUUUCCACGAAAAGAAUAGCAAUGUUCACCUGAAGCAUAAAGUUACCCACUUUGGGAGCUUUUAUCUGCGGGUCGGCGCCAUCGCCUUCGCCAUCGGUACAAUGGUAUAUUCAGGACUAGAGUUUGGUCAGUUCUUUGAGUUGAAUGGUCAUCCAGGAUGUCGGGACGUGUUUGUAGCGAUCACCCCAAUUUGUCGUAUGGUACUAUGCAUUGCCCAAGUGCAGUUCAUCUUCCUGAAUACCACCUAUAUGGAUAUGGCGCGUCACAAGGUCUUUUCGCGAUUUGGCCUAAUGCACAUGGUGGCCACAAACCUUUGUGAAUGGCUAUACGUAUUGGUCGAGGAGACAAAGCACGAAAUAUUUCACAUAAGCCACAACGACAUUAACCCUGCCCAAGAUCCAGUAUUACACAGCGGGCCAUAUGGUGGUCCUAACUGGCCAACUGUGAACGAAUCUAUUCACGGAUCACUGAACGGAUCAGUACACACUAGAUUGAAUAUCGGCAAUCAUUCCACUGGAGGAGUGCUUCACAAUAUACUGACGAAUAUUACAAUGCUAGUUGGUAAUACCACGAUGGUUCCGACUCUGGCUCCGAUUCCGAUUUCGACACCGACUCCAACAUUUGCAUCAUUUAGUGGUUGCUCGCGGACAACAAUUAUGGGGGCACUGGUCCAACAAUUGUCGCCGUUUCUCUUUCCGUGCACAAUCGAAUACUCAUUGAUAUGUGCGGUAAUACUAUUUGAGAUGUGGAAGACCGUGAAAUCAAUUCCGGACAUCGACAAGACACGUAAGAACUCGGUAAAGCCAGUUGCUCAGAAACCGGCUCAUCACUUCUCUGUCGACUGCUCCCAGUCACACAAGGGUCUCUUCUUUGGCAUUCUAAUCAUUGUUAUGACCAUCAUCUCGAUGAUUAUGUACUUUGUGCUGUACACGCAACCCGGCUACGAGCUCAGCGCAACUCAGGAAGUAACACUCUGGGAGACUGUCAUGUACUUCUUGUGCGCCUCAGCAGUAAUAACUGGCAUGAUCCUUAUGCGAGAUCUUAGGUACAUCAAGGAUACGAGUGAUGAGCAUCACUCAAUGGAUUUAGACAAUCUAUUACUGGUUGUGGCGCAGACAGGCGUUUAUUUGUACGGCAUGUUUAGCAUUCUUGGCAGCUAUUUUGCCAAGUGGGACACGGUACCCGAUCGAGUUGAGGGCAUCAUAGCCGAGGUAUUCGGAGUCGUACAGACCUCAUUGCAAACAAUGUUCAUAUUGCAUGCAAGUCAUCGGCGCUGCAAGGGAUCUAAGCAGGUCCGUCGAAAGCCCGGACGCGAAAUAAUCACAUUUCUGUUGGUCGCCAAUAUUGCCAUAUGGUUUGUCAACACUCUGAUCAAGGGACGAGCUGUAUUUCGUGAGACGCACCUUAUGUUCUUUGGCAUUUGGGGCUGGACAAUUAUCACACAUAUAUCAAUGCCUCUAGCAAUUUUUUAUCGCUUUCAUUCGACGAUAUGCCUGUUUGAGGUCUGGAAAAUUACAUACAAGGCCAAGUCCCAUUAACUAACUUGCAUUCACAUUUGUUUUUUUUUUUUUUAAAUAGCAUAUAUAUAUGAAUAAUGCUUAGAAGAGAUAAGUUAUUAUUUAAUAAGUAUAUGUAUUUUGUAUACCUUGUAUUCAACCCAAAGUAUGUGUAACGCUUCCAGUGUUAUUUGAUAGAGAUAAAGCUUUAUUUAUUUAAUUGAAUAAAAAGUCUGACCAAC